AGUAUUAAAACACAUUACAUAAACCUUUCUUUUUAUGUUAUCAAUAAACUCUACAUGCUCAAUAACAAUUCAAUCAUUCAAACAUGAACACCUUUUGAUUGAAAUAGUAUUACAUAAAUUAAUCUUUCAUUUUUAACUACUGCUUGUGAUUUUGUAGGAAAUAAUGAUGGGAAAACUUUGGAGUGAUUACCUCAGAAUCAUAUCUUCAGAAUCAUGGCUCACAACUCUCAAAUGUUCAGCUUCAAACAAUAUAAUUCAGCCUUCAGAUACUUUCAUGCAAGUUUUUCAAUGGUUCAGAUUCAUUUUCUUCUCUCCUUGUCCUCAAAGACUUCUAUUUUCAUCCAUUGAUAGCCUUCUUUUAUUGAUUUUGAUUUUGUUUCUUAUUCAUAGGGUCAUUUCCAAGUUUAUGUCUAGGAAGAAUGAUAUUGGUCCUAGUUCCUCAAUUAAUAAACCUCUUUUGGAAAAUCACCAAUUUAAAUUCAAUGUCAAAAUUAAUCUAGGGUUUAAAUUGACCUUGAUUUCAUCUGGUACACUUGCUGUUUUAUAUGUUGUUUUGAGCAUAUUAACUUUUGUGGGAAAUGAUAAUAAAGGAUUUAGCUCAAGUUCAUGGGAAAAAGCAGAGGUUAUGUUUAGGAUAGUUCAAGCCUUAACCCAAGUUGCAAUAUUUGUUCUUGUUGUUCAUGAACAAAGAUUUCAUGCUACUUGUCAUCCUAUGUCUCUUAGGUUUUACUGGAUUGCCCAGUUUGUAGUUGUGUUAGUGUUCAGUAUUUCGGGUUUAACUCGAAUGUUGUCGGCUGGUGAGGAGUUAGAUUCAUUUAUGAGGACGGAUGAUAUGUUUUCUUUGGUUAGCCUUCCAUUUUGUUUUUAUCUGUUGAUAGUUGCCUCUCAAACAUCUUCUGGGAUUGUAGUGAUUAAAGAGGAAAAUGGGUUAAGUGGAAGAACAGAAGUAAAUGAAACUAUUGUGGAUGAUCCUAAUGUUAGUGAUUAUGCGAAAGCAAAUUUGUUUUCUAAGACAAUGUGGCUGUGGAUGAACCCUGUGAUAAAUAAAGGAUACAAGAACCCUUUAAAAAUCGAAGACGUACCUUCGCUUCCUCCUGAUCAUCUGGCCGAGAGAAUGUCCAAACUGUUUGAAUCACAAUGGCCUAAGUCUGGUGAGCAUACGAAGCACCCAGUAGCAGUUACUUUGUUAAAGUGCUUUUGGAAGAACAUUGUCUAUACUGGUUGUCUAGCAGUGAUAAAGCUUGGUGUAAUGUAUGUUGGUCCAGUACUUAUCCAGAGCUUUGUUAAUUUUACUUCUGGAAUGGGAAGCUCGCCUUAUGAAGGUUAUUACCUAGUGAUAACCCUUUUAAUUGCGAAAGCAGCUGAAGUUUUAAGUGCCCAUCACUUCAAUUUCCAUACUCAGAGAGUUGGGUUACUUAUUAGGUCCACCCUUAUAACUUCAUUAUAUAGAAAAGGGUUGAAGCUUUCUUGCUCUUCGAGGCAGGCACACGGGAUUGGUCAAAUAGUUAAUUACAUGGCAGUUGAUGCUCAGCAGCUAGGUGAUCUGAUGAAUCAGUUGCAUUCCAUUUGGCUUAUGCCACUGCAACUUUUUGCUGCCUUGGCCUUGCUAUACUUUAAUAUGGGUGUUUCAGCAAUAGCAACAUUCAUCGGAGUUAUUGUGAUACUAGGUUUUGUGUUUAUACGUACAAAGAACUGCAAUGUCUUCCAGUACCAAGUCAUGAGAAACCGAGACUUGAGGCUUAAAGCGACAAAUGAAAUGAUUAACAAUAUGAGGGUCAUAAAGUUUCAAGCAUGGGAAAACUAUUUUCAUAAAAGAAUCCAAUCCUAUCGGGAACUUGAAUAUGGGUGGUUAUCCAAGUUUUCAUAUACUGUAGCCGCAAAUAUGGGUGUGCUAUGGAGCACUCCUGUUGCGCUUUCUGUGCUUGCAUUUGGGGUUGCAAUUUGGAUGGGUAUGUAUCUUGAUGCUGGCACCGUAUUCACAGUAACUACAAUAAUGAAGAUCCUGCAGGAGCCAGUGAGGAACUUCCCUCAAUCUUUGAUACAAAUUUCCCAGGCAAUGAUUUCACUUGGAAGAUUGGAUGGUUACUUGAUGAGCCUAGAAUUAGAUCAAGGGUUAGAGGAGAGAGAGGAAGGUUGUCAAGAUGACAUUGCCGUAGAGGUCAAUAACGGGAGCUUCUCUUGGGAGGAUGAAGCAACUGAACAAACCUUGAAAGGGUUGAAUUUUCAGGUAAAGAAAGGAGAAUUGUCUGCCAUCGUUGGGACUGUUGGGUCAGGAAAAUCUUCUUUAUUAGCUGCCAUUCUCGGUGAAAUGCACAAAAUCUCUGGAAAGGUUAAAGUGUGUGGUACCACUGCAUAUGUGGCACAGACAUCGUGGAUACAGAAUGCAACCAUUCAAGAAAACAUUCUAUUUGGUCUGCCAAUGAAUAAAGAAAAAUACAAGGAAACUAUUAGAGUUUGUAGCUUGGAGAAAGAUUUGGAAAUUAUGGAAUUCGGUGACAAGACUGAGAUUGGAGAGCGUGGGAUCAACCUGAGUGGUGGCCAGAAGCAAAGGAUUCAACUUGCUAGAGCAGUAUAUCAAGAUUGUGAUGUAUAUCUUCUGGAUGAUAUUUUCAGUGCUGUUGAUGCACACACUGGUUCAGAUAUUUUCAAGGAGUGUGUAAGGGGAGCUCUGAAAGACAAGACUAUUCUUCUUGUAACCCAUCAAGUUGACUUCUUGCACAAUGUUGAUCAGAUAUUUGUGAUGCGAGAUGGAAUGAUUGUGCAAUCUGGGAAAUACAAUGAGAUUUUAGAAGCAGGCUUGGAUUUUGGUGCUCUUGUGGCUGCCUAUGAAAACUCCAUGGAGCUUGUAGAGACGAGCUCACACGCAACGGAGGAUGAUACACCUAAAUCUCCAAUCAGCGAAAACAAAACAAUAGAAAGAGUAAAGUCUGAGAAGAAAGCACUGACUAAAACCGAUUCUCAAAAAGGUACUUCGAAGCUCAUUGAAGACGAGGAAAGAGAAACUGGACGGGUUAGCCUAGAAGUGUACAAGAAGUACUCUACUGAAGCUUUUGGAUGGUGGGGAGUGUCUGCAGUUGUAAUAGUCUCUCUCUUUUGGAUUGUAUCAUUGUUGGGUAGUGAUUACUGGCUAGCAUACGAGACUUCAGAAGAACGCACAUUUACUCCUAGCUUGUUCAUUAUUGUGUAUGCCAUUGUUGGGAUUAUAUCUUGUCUCCUUGUGACUGCGCGAGCCUUUGUUAUUACAUUUUUGGGACUUAAAACUGCCCAGGGCUUCUUCAACCAGAUCCUUGACAGUAUCCUCCAUGCUCCAAUGUCGUUUUUUGAUACUACUCCUUCUGGAAGAAUUCUGAAUCGAGCAUCAACAGAUCAGACCAAUAUUGAUCUAACAAUACCGUUAUUUUUGGGCAUGACAAUUGUAAUGUAUUUCAAUUUGGUGAGCAUCUUAGUGGUCACAUGCGUGUACGCUUGGCCUACAGUUGUUCUCUUAGUUCCCUCGAUAUGGCUGAAUCUUUGGUAUCGGGGAUACUACAUAGCCAUCUCACGUGAGCUGACUCGUUUAGGUUCAAUCACAAAAUCCCCCGUGAUCCAUCAUUUCUCGGAAACUGUUUCAGGUGUAAUGACAAUCCGAUGCUUUAGGAGGCAGGCGUUGUUCUGUAAGCAGAAUAUUGAAAAGGUUGACACGAGCCUUAAGAUGGAUUUCUACACUAAUGGAGCUAACGAGUGGUUAGGUUUCCGCUUAGAGUUCAUUGGAUGUGUAAUCCUGUGUCUUUCCACUUUGUUCAUGAUAAUCAUGCCCAGCAAUAUUAUCAAGCCAGAAUUUGUGGGUCUGUCUCUUUCCUAUGGGCUCACCCUCAAUGUUGUGCUGUUUUAUACGAUAUAUAUGACUUGCUUUGUCGAGAAUAAAAUGGUAUCGGUUGAGAGGAUAAAGCAAUUCAUCAAAGUCCCAUCUGAAGCAGCAUGGGAGAUCAAAGACUCCAAGCCUUCACCGAACUGGCCAACUCAUGGCAACAUUGAACUAAACAACUUGCAAGUGAGGUAUCGGUCAAACACCCCACUAGUUCUAAAAGGUAUCACACUUGGAAUAAGAGGAGGUGAGAAAAUUGGGGUUGUUGGUCGCACCGGGAGUGGGAAGUCUACCCUUAUUCAAGUAUUCUUCAGGCUUGUUGAACCUUAUGGAGGGAACAUAAUAAUUGACGGUGUCGAUAUUUGCAAGAUUGGCCUUCAUGAUCUAAGGUCACGCUUCGGGAUCAUUCCUCAGGAGCCAGUACUAUUUCAAGGAACAGUGAGAACCAAUGUCGAUCCUCUUGGUCUUUAUUCUGAAGAAGACAUAUGGAAGAGCCUGGAGCGUUGCCAACUUAAGGAUAUCGUUGCUGCAAAACCAGAAAAGCUUGAUGCUCCAGUGACAGAAGAAGGAGAAAAUUGGAGCGUUGGUCAAAGACAGCUGAUGUGUUUAGGGAGAGUAAUGCUGAAGAAAAGCCGUAUCUUAUUCAUGGAUGAAGCAACAGCUUCCGUUGAUUCCCAAACAGAUGCUACAAUUCAAAAGAUCAUCAGAGAAGACUUUGAAAGCUGUACCAUAAUCACCAUUGCUCAUAGAAUACCCACUGUUAUGGACUGUGACAGGGUAUUAGUCAUUGAUGCAGGAUUGGCAAAGGAAUUCGAUUCACCAUCUAGUCUCCUCGACAGGACUUCACUCUUUGGGGCAUUAGUUCAAGAAUACUCAAAUAGAUCGUCUGAACUAUAGAAACAUGAUCAAUCUUAGCAUCUUCUAUUUCAACAUCAUACAAGUUACAACGCCCACUGAUUUCUGGGUUCAGACACGCUGAUUCAAAGUAGUGGGAUCUCAAGGACAACCCUGGAUAUCGUGGUUUCGGACUUAUGCUGACUCAAACUCGACAUCCCUGGAUAUCGUAGUUUCGGACUUAUGCUGACUCAAACUCGACAUCCCUGAGAAUCAAUUUCGCCACAAGAUAAUGAAAGAAAUUAGUUAAAAUGUGUACUAUUAUUUUGAGAAUUGAGUUCCCCCUUUCCUCUAUUUUUUUCCUAGAGAGAAGAAUAAUAAUGUGUUCAUUUUGGUUGAUGUUAGAUUUGUGAAACUCUGUGAAUUCGAGUGUGUUCCGUUGAUUAUAUUUAUAGGUGGUUACAACAUUAGUUCUAGUUGUAUUAGGAAAACUUAAUGAGACUAGACGUCUACUUUACAUAAAUAACCUAAAGUCGUGUUUGGAAAUUGUAAUUUCGUUUGAAA